CCUGCCCCGCCCGGCCAGCGCGGCCGGGGGCCCGUCCUCCCCAGAGUUCUGUUGGCUGAGCAACAACAUCAGCGCAUCUGCUCUCCGGGGCGUCAUGAGGCCCCUGCUCCGGGGUGCCGCGGUGAACGAUGAGGAGGAGAGCUCGGACAGCACCCCGCUCCUGCCGAGCGCCCGGCAGGUCGAAGCGGCUCCAGUAUGCUGCUCCGCUCGUUACAACCUAGCGAUUUUGGCUUUCUUUGGUUUCUUUGUUCUUUAUUCAUUACGGGUGAACCUGAGUGUUGCAUUAGUGGACAUGGUAGAUUCAAAUAUAACUCGGAUGGACAAUAGAACUUCCAAGGAGUGUGCAGAUCAUUCUGCCCCUGUAAAGGUACACUACAAUCACACGGGUAAAAAGUACCGGUGGGAUGCAGAAACUCAAGGGUGGAUUCUUGGCUCUUUUUUCUACGGCUACAUCAUCACACAGAUCCCGGGGGGGUACAUGGCCAGCAGAAUCGGGGGGAAGCUGCUGCUGGGCUUUGGCGUCCUGGGCACUGCUGUCUUCACCCUGUUCACACCCUUGGCCGCAGACUUAGGCGUGGUGGCCCUUGUCUCGCUUAGAGCGCUGGAAGGACUCGGAGAGGGUGUUACGUUUCCGGCUAUGCAUGCCAUGUGGUCUUCCUGGGCGCCCCCUCUUGAGAGAAGCAAGCUUCUGACCAUUUCCUACGCAGGAGCACAGCUCGGGACAGUGAUCUCGCUCCCUCUUUCUGGAAUGAUUUGCUACUAUAUGGAAUGGCCGUAUGUCUUCUAUCUCUUUGGUGUCGUUGGAAUAGUUUGGUUUAUUUUGUGGAUGUGGAUAGUUAGUGAUGCGCCAGAAACUCACAAGACGAUCUCCCCUUGUGAAAAAGAGUACAUUGUUUCAUCCUUAAAAAAUCAGCUUUCUUCCCAGAAGGUGGUGCCCUGGGUGUCCAUCUUGAAGUCACUACCACUUUGGGCGAUUGUAGUAGCACAUUUUUCCUACAACUGGACCUUUUACACCUUAUUGACCUUAUUGCCUACUUAUAUGAAAGAAAUCCUAAGGUUCAACGUUCAAGAGAAUGGGUUUUUAUCUGCAUUGCCUUAUUUUGGCUGUUGGCUAUGCAUGAUUCUCUGUGGCCAAGCUGCUGAUUACUUAAGGGGCAAGUGGAAUUUUUCAACUCUAAGUGUUCGGAGAAUUUUUACCAUCAUAGGGAUGGUUGGCCCCGCAGUUUUCCUGGUCGCUGCUGGAUUUAUAGGCUGUAACUAUUCGUUGGCUGUUGCAUUCCUAACCAUCUCCACGACGCUGGGAGGCUUUGCCUCCUCCGGAUUUAGCAUCAACCACCUGGAUAUCGCCCCUUCGUAUGCCGGCAUCCUCCUGGGCAUCACAAACACGUUCGCCACGAUCCCCGGCAUGAUUGGGCCCAUCAUCGCUAAAAGCCUGACCCCCGAUAACACUAUAAGAGAAUGGCAGACUGUUUUCUGUAUCGCUGCUGCUAUUAACGUGUUUGGUGCCAUUUUCUUCGUGCUGUUUGCCAAAGGGGAGGUGCAGAAUUGGGCCCUCAGUGACAGCCACGGACACAGAAACUGAAGACAACAACUAAUUAUUAAUGUAUUUUUAUUUAUCAUGUAAACUGAAAGUGCCUUUGGUAUUUUAAUGUGUGAGCAUUCUGUGUGAGAAAAAUAGUACUUGUAUUACAUUUUUAAAGAAAUAUUACUAGUUCCAAGAUUAUUUAAAAUGAGCUGUUUUUAAUUAUUGCUAAUAUAUCUGCCAGACCUUAUAUUGGGUUCAUAUGCUCCAAGUGAGGCAGCUUGAUAUAAGGUAAGGCUUAAGAAAUGAAGCUGAAAGUCAGAUGUGGUGGCACACACCUUUAAUCUCAGCACUCAGGAGUUGAGGCAGGUGGAUUAAUGUGAGUUCGAGGCCCAGCCUGGCCUACAAAGUGAGUCCACAGCCAAGACAACACAGAGAAACCCUAUCUCAAAAAAAAAGAAAAAAGAAAAAAGAAAGCAAGCUGAAAUGGACAUACACCAUAUACACUGGCACACUUGUUUAAUUAAAUUAGAUAAAUCCCUUCAGAUAUUGUUAGACACCUGCUUUUGUCUACUCCCCUUGUAAAAACUGUUGUCAAAUCUCCCUAACACGUAGCUCUCCAUAACAUCUCCAGAAAGCUGCCAGCCACUGUAAGAAUUGGCAACUGGACUAGGGGAUCCAGGCCCAGGCAGCUGCCAGAAUUCCCUCCCUGGCUGCAGAGCUGGAGUGCCCAGCGUUUAUCAGGGAUGGCUUCCAAGUGCAGGGCAGAUGCCAACUGUUUGGCUGACAUCUUCCCCGCUGUGGCUGUUAAUGUGUAGAUAAAGCCCUAAGUGGACUAGAGCAGUGAGAUCCACAGCUACUGGCCUGACACUGCCAGCCUGCCCUUGGCAGCACCCAGGCCUGGUUACUGGCAGGUGAUCUACACAGCAAAACAUGCUGCUCAGUCCAUCGCAGAUCACAGCAUCCUUGCACAUGAAUCAGGGUAUAAAUUUUCACAUCCAGUUUUUCUACCUACAUUAGAAUUUUUUUUUUUUAAUGUUUUACAUUUCUUUUCUUCAGUUACAGUUUAAAGUGACUCUCGGGGCCAGGGGCUUGGCUCAGUGGUAGUGCCUUUCCUUAGGAUAGUAUUCCGUCCAAUAGCAAGUCACUUCUCCUGAGCAGUGUCUCCUGGUUGUUGAGCAUGCUGUAAGCGUACCCUAGUCCACGUGUGGCGGUGCGUGCCUUUAGCCCCGGCACUUGGGAGGCAGAGGCAGGCAGACCUUUGUGCGUUCCAGGACAGCCAGGGAUGAUUCACAGAAAUAGAUACCCUGUCUCGAAAAACAACAAUUUGCGAGGAUUGAAAGCCUGCCUGAUGUAUCUGUUCAACACUUACCUGUAACAAUGUAACACUCAGUUAAUGCAACACUGUGUAAAUAUAGCUAUAUAAAUCUAUUUUUAAAUCUGUAAAUAUAGAUUGUUGCCAUGUGACAUUUGUUUUAUAAAUCAUCAAAAUAAAUCCUUUUGCAUUAAA